AUGUACGGGAAGAUUUUCGAAAUGUUGGCGAUGGUUGGAAGGAUGGGAAAGCCUACUGACUUUGACAAACGAGCUCUAGAUUGGCAAUUUCAAUUCCUGUCUAAAAACCUCAAAAGCGGCCAUAUUUUAUGCAAUCUUCUCGAUGAGGUGAUCAGUGGCUGUUUCCAUCGCCGAAAUAUUUCCAUCGAUGCAUCCCCGCAGGUUGACGCAAGAGAAGAAUCCUCACGAAGAAAUGCAAGGAAUUUUUUCAAUGUCUUAGCCGAAGAAUUCGCAUAUAUCAACCCAAGAAUAGGAGAAACAGAUUUAUUUACCUUGCCCCUUUUGCCGAGAGACGACGUUAAAAGAGAUUACCUCCUGGAGCUUUUGUGUGCUUUAUCUGGUAUUCCGGAAAUGAACCGUUUGAACGGGGUCACAAAGAUUCAACAUUUUCCAAUCACAAGCCAGUUCCGAUCAAGACCGAGAUUUGAUUUCAAUGGAGAUUUGGGUGAAAUUGGCGUUCCAUAUGAUCCCGUAGCUUCAGAUUUUUAUAACGAAGUGCCACCAACACCUUACGACGAAGUCCCGGAAGAUGAUGUACCCCCAGCUAUCCCACCGCGUCCUCUUUCGACUCUUUCUCGCUUGAGUGUCAUGGAUGCUGAUGUUCCAAUUCCUGUUUAUGACGCUAACCCAUCAGAUCUCUAUACCGUUCUGAUGAGCCCGUACGAUAUGGACAGUCUCGGCGGCGAUGUCGAAGAAGAUGGAGUUCAAACGGGUGCUUACAUGGGCCAGCAGCAAAUUUAUGGCAUUCCAGGGCAAAUCGAGAUUAGAACGCGCAUUAUUGAUGAACUUGUCAGCUCAGAACUUACCUACCUCAGUCUUCUCCGAGACAUUGACCAACAUUGGAUCAAGCCUCUUUCUGAAAUUCUAUCAAAAGAAGAUAUGAAAGCUGUUUUUAUAAACUUGAUGAAAAUCAAGGAAAUUCAUGAAGACUUCUACAAGGACAUAAAGAGGGAGAGCGAGAAACAAUUUGAGAGCCGCAAAAUCUCUGAAUGCUUCCUGAAAAUGAUGUCGAACUUGCUUGAAUACAAAGAGUACCUAACAAAAAUUGAGAGCGCUAAAGACAAAAUGAAGCUGAUCGACCGGGAUGCCGACAAAAAUCCAGCUUAUAAGAAAGCUUUACACGUAAUUCGCACUAAUGCCGAGCAAUCAAGAAUAAUCUGCAAACGAGAGGUUCAAGAAGCCCUGGUAAUUCCGAUGGAAAGACUCUGCAGAUAUCCACUGUUUGUGGAGCGAUUGAUCAACAAAUCUGGUCCAGAGCACCCUGAUUAUGACAAUCUGAAGAUAGUUUUUGAUCUAUUGAAGGAAAUAAACUCGUACGUCAACGCGUGUAGUGGGGACAAUACAGGCAUCCUUGAGCGUAACAAAAUCAGUCGAAGGACAGGGGUUCCAACUAAAGAGUUCGGGUUUCCUUUGAGAACAAAGGACAAAACGCAGUACAAAGAAGGCCUCAACGCUGACAAAGUCUCGAAAGAUGGCGAAAAAUUAAACUGGGAGAAAAUUGAAGUCUUCGUCUUCCACACCGUUCUGGUCAUCGUCGGCUUCGAAAGAAACGCGAAAGCAUUCCUAAUCAAUGUAAUAAAAUUCGAACACAUCGUGAAUGCUGGCAACAACAAACCGGAAGUGAGCCAGCCAGAAGAAUCCAGAGCUGUUUUGCGCCAACGAAGCCAAUGGAAAGUCAGAGUCAAAACGACUUAUGGCAGAUCGAUAAAUUAUGAAAUAAAAUUUCCAACGGAGCAAUUUGCGAAGACAUUCCACGCGCGAUUGAGCAAUGUUUACCAGACUUACACAAAGAAUAUGAAGCAAGGCUGGACCGCGUUCAAUAUUCCACUGGGUUACAACUGCCAAAAUUACUUUCCCAAAAUCAGCUGCUGUAAAAUUUGUAAAAAACUCUUCAAUGGAUUGGAGAUGCAGGGCUUCAGAUCGACCAAGUUUCCGAAUAUCUAUGUUCACGAAGGGUGCAUUGAAAAUGUUCAAACCUACAGAAGACCUGAAGAAAACCCUUAUUCUGUUGAUCCUACCGAAGCACACGACUUUCACGAUAAAAAUCACAGGGAAUUGAAAGAAAAGCCAUAUUAUGUCGGAAUGAUGGAGAGAGAUCAAGCCAGGCGUAUUUUAGAGCAAUCUUCUGCUGGUCAAUUCCUUGUUCGAGAUCGAGCUGGUGCCGAUGUCAAACAAGCGCCCUAUGCUGUUUCAAUGGUGACUUGGGAGAAAAAGCAGCGGCAUAUGAAGAUCUUCCAGGAGAAAUCAUCGACGAGUUUACGACCGAAGUACUAUUUCUGCGAACAGCAUAAGUACAGCAGUCCGGUGGAACUGAUCAAUGCCUUUUCUUUCGAAAAAGAUCUCAACGAUGCCUUCAACGAUCUCAGGGGAAAUUUCACUGGCCCUGCAAGAAUACCCGAUCAUCUAAGAUUUAGCGUGUGUAACGAACUUACGAGCGGGAUGAAGCUCAAAGAUCUCCCGAAGAAAAAAUGGCCGGGCCGUGAUGACGGCUACGUCAAAAUGGCAGUCAGUGUCGUCGAGGCCGACUGCAUUUGGCUAUUUCAACAAAGCGAUCCAGAAGGAGAACAGAUUGACGAAAUCUGCCUUCGUUUUGGAGACGCGGAUAAAGUUGACGUCCCCGCGAAAGACAUCGUCAUCGGUGAAUGUUACGUUAUUUUGGCGGAAGACGAAGAAACUGGCGAAGAGUACUACUGUCGGGGUGUUGUGGAAAGUUCGAGUUUACUCAAAUUUCGAAUUGCCCGAGUUUGUGAUCACGGCUACGCGACCCAGUUCAAGAAGGCCUACAAGCUGACAGAAGAACUAAGCGAGUUUGCCCCUUUUGUCAGAAGAUGCACACCUGCAGUCUGGCCAGAGAAUCUUACGCCAGAGACUGAAAAUUUGAAUGUUCUUUUCCAUGCCACCAAAGAGGACCCCGAAAUUACAGUUGUGACCAUCCGACAGCCCCGAGACAAGUCCGCCGACAAUAGUGUGGUUUCGGAGUCCGGUGCAUUCUCUACAAGCGACAAAGCCGAAGAACCAGCCGUCAAGCCCAGUUUGAACUGCAUUGCCUACACACGAUUCGCCGGCAAUGACUUUUUCGUCAGCGACAUUACUCGCAUGGGCGAUCAAAUCUUCGCUGUCGGUUAUGCUCCCGAAGUCGACAACGAUUGGAUCGACGAAUUCACCGAGACUCUCAACGAAAUCAAGGGCGACGAGGCAAAAGUGAUCGAAGCUCCAAAAGUUGGCGACUUUUGUAUCUCUCCGACCGAGGAUGGAAACUCUCGAGCACAAAUAACUACCAUCGAUGAAAAAGGAUUCACUUUGCUGUGGAUCGAUUUUGGAUACUUGUCGACUACCAAAAAUUCGGAAGAUCUUUGGGAAGUUGCUAAAGAGUUCAGCCGUCCCGCUGCUUGUUCUUUGCUCAAGUUCAGCAGCGACGAUUCUAUGUUUGUCAAGGAUUUAGUAAAACAACUCGAAGAUUCGACUGAAGACAUCAAAAUUACCGUCGCCCCUGUUGAAUUUGACGAAGUCACUGGAAUUACUCUUGUCGAGCCAGCGAACAAAAAACUUCCUGACAGUCAUGCGAAUGUUCAAGACUCCGCUGUAUCUUCUUCGAUUGAAUACGCUUCUUCGAAGGCAAGUGAGGCUAAAGACCAAGCAGAGGCCAAAUAUGAAGAGGAAACUGUGACUGGUAGCACGAUCAUCGAGAAGUCUACGACCACGGAUGCAGCUGUUGACUCGAAAAUCUUGGUAACUCCAGCUCAAACUGAAAAGCUCGUGAUUCCAAUUCCACAAUCAAUCUCUGCGGAUAUUACACAGUUCUGCCCAGAAAAAGGAUUCCUCGUCGCACGUUUGGACGACUCUUUCGAGGUUUCCGACGCUCGUCUUCAGACAGAGGUUCAAAAAUUACAGAAACUUUCGCGAGCGCCUGAAGUUGGUGAUUUCAUCGUUGCGAAAUGGGACGAGGAUGACCGAUGGUACCGUGCCUGCGUCGUCAGCGAGGACAAAGACAGUUUCGUCGUGUUCUUUGUCGACUAUGGCAACAACGCUGUCAUCGAGAAGUCCUACAUUGCGGACUCCUGUCGUGAAAUUGAGAAAGAGCAGGCUGCAGAACCGAUGGGCUUCUUCUGGGUGGACACUGGCUAUCGCUUUAUUGGCGAUAUGGGAGCGAUCAGCAGUUACCUUGAUGAAUUGUAUGAGGAUCCGGCAGCUGAAAAACAAGUGGUUGAAAUCGAGCGUUUAGGAACGAAUAAAGUCUCUGCUACAAUCUACGUCGAUGGAAAAAAUAUCGUGCUUUCUGAUAAACUUUCCAACUCUUUCACUCCGAAAAACUCUGUUGGGUCUUUAUCCAAGCCAGAAGACGAAGUAAAGGAAGUUUCUUCCGAACGAAGCUCUUUUCCUUCUGUACCAGAAGAAGAACCCAGUUCCAAUAUUGAAAAAGACAACGAGCCCGAAGAGAAAGACAAAGAGAACUUGUGUCUUGAAGGCCGGGUGAACAUCAUCCCGUAUGCGCGAUACUCGGGCCCAGACAAGCCGUUCGUCGUGCUAGACAUCGUACAAAAAUGUGGAAAAUAUUUCGUCGUUGGGAAUGAGACCGAUCUUGAUAUUAGCUGGAUAGAAAACAUCACGGAGUCCCUCGACACGAUAUCAAAUAAGAAGCCGAUCGCUUCUCCAAAAGUUGGUGACUUCUGCAUCUCUCCAACGUCCGAUGGAACUUCACGAGGACAGAUCAUGGGGAUCUCUGGCGAUGAGAAGUUCGAGAUUCUUUGGAUCGAUUUCGGAUACUUCAGCACUAUCAAAGGGGCUGAAAAUCUUUGGGAAGUGACUUCUGAAUUCGGUCGUCCGGCAGCGUGUUCUCUCUUGGACUUUGAAGACGAAGAUGACGAGUUCUUCGAGAAGAUGACGAAAGCCCUCGAUGAAAAUCCAGAGCUUGAAAUUGGACCAGCCUUCAUUUCCUGUGAUGAAGAAACAGGAAUAACUCGCGUUCGAUCUGAGAAAAAAGAGGCUGUAAACAUUAAACCUCCUCUGACCCCGGCUUUAGAAGAAGCCCCAGAGAAAGCCUCAGAUCUCAAGAUUCCAGUGCCCGUGGAAGCUACGGACGUCAUUAUCGAGGAAUUUGUCCCUGAGAGAGGAUUCAUUGUCCUUCUUACAAAUACAGAAGAAAAAUUAACAGCAAUUCAGACUCAUCUUGAUGAGGCUGCACCGAGCCAGAGUCCACUUCUUGAGCUUCCCAAUGUCGGCGAUUUCAUUAUCGCGCAGUGGGACGAAGACAACUGCUGGUACAGGGCUUACGUCGUAGAGAAAACCGAUAGCAGCUUCAAGGUUUUCUUCGUUGACUUUGGAAACGAGGCAGAAAUCAGCAAUGACAAAUGCCCAAAAUCUUGUCGAGAGAUACUCGAUACCCAGUGCGACGAGCCGAUGAUGUCCUUUAUGGUACACUCUGGCUGGGUAUUUGAUGGCGAUAGAGACGCUGUGAAUGCCUAUUUGGAAGAGAUUUACGACAAAGCUGAAAUGGCGAAAAAGUUGCAGGCAAUAAAAGUGACCGGACCAAUCUCGGCGAGCGCUCUUAUUCUUGUUGAUGGAGUGGAUAUUCUGGAUAUGUUCCCUGGAAAGUUCAAAUCGGAGGGUAUGUCUACUUCCUCAAAGGACGACGAGGAGGAACAAGAAGAAGAUUCCAAGCCAGUUCUCGACUCUGACAAGUUUGAAGAAUCAAACAACAGCAAGAUCAAUAAUCUUGAAUUGGAGCAGUCUGUUGAGGAAGAGUCUAAUCAGGCGGACGAGAUAGCGUCCGUUGCAGAUGAGAGCGAUGUUGAAAAAUCCGAAGAGAAUUCUUCGCUUGAGGACCCGACAGCAUCGAAGAACGUGGAAAACACUAAGGACGCACCUUCUGAAUCCGCCCCUGGAGAUUCUGAUCCAAAAGUUGUUAUUCAGAUUCCAAGCUCAGACAAACUCGUCGUGGGCAUUCAGGAGUUUUGUGCAGAAAAAGGCUUCCUUGUCGCACGUGUGGACGAAUCAAGCGAGUUGGAAGGUCUCGACGAUCGUCUUCAAUCUGAAGCCCUCAAAUUGCAACAGCUUUCGCAUCCCCCAGCUAUUGGCGAUUUCAUCAUUGCGAAAUGGGAGGAAGACGACCGAUGGUAUCGUGCUUUCGUCCAGAGCGAAGAUGAAAACAACAUUCUCGUCUUUUUCACAGACUAUGGAAAUUGCGCAGAGAUUACCAAGUCGUGCGUUGGGGAUUCCUGUCGAAAGAUCGACGAAGCGCAGGCGAGAGAACCGAUGUUUUUCUUCUGGGUCAAUAUCAGAUGCCCAUUCAAUGGAGAAGAAGAAACUGUGAACCAGUUUCUUGAUGAUAUUUAUGAGAACAACAAAGUCAAGAAAGAGAUCGAGGGCGUUGUUCAAUCUGGCCCGAAUUCCGCCUCCGCGAAAGUUCUCAUUGAUGGAGAAGACAUCGUUCUUAUGGAUAAAUUUUCCGGAAUGUUCGAAGGGGAAACUUCGGAAGAGCCCGAGGUCAUCCCAAAAACAGAAAUUUACGAGGAAGAAGUUCCUCUUGUUGAAAAACACUCUCUCCCAUCUAUUUCGGAGGAUGAAGAGCCUAUUUCCGAGAGCUGCGGCAGCGAGAAAGCCACCGAGCAGGUAGAAGAAAUGGCGGAAGAAGGAUCGAACCGAGUGAACCUCAUCCGUUACGAGAGUUACUCGGGCCCGUCUCAGUCGCUUCUUGUUUCGGACGUUGUAAGAAUGAACGGCCAAUACUAUGUGAUUGGAAGCGUGGCCGAUUCUGACCUUGACUGGACUGAAAGCUUCACCGAGUCCCUCGAUGCGAUCAAGAACAAAAAGCAGAUCAUGAAUCCCAAAAUCGGCGACUUCUGCAUCUCCCCAACCCCGGACGGGAACUCACGAGCUCAGAUUAUUGAUAUCAAUAGCGGGGGUGAGUUUGUGCUGCUCUGGAUAGAUUUCGGCUACUCCAGUUCUGUGAAGAAAGCUGAAGAUCUUUGGGAAGUGUCCGCAGAAUAUGCCCGUCCGGCGGCCUUCUCGAUGUUGAGUUUCGCAGACGCGGAAGACAAGUACUUCGAGGACCUCAACCAAAGCCUUGAUGAAAAUCCGGACUUUGUUAUUCAACCGACAACUGUUUCAUGCAACGAGGAAACAGGAGUUACCCGAGUUUCAUUAGCUGAAGAAGAAGAGCCCAAAAAGAACACACCCGAGAGCCCAGCUUUAGAAGAGGCCUCUGAUCAAAGGCUUACGAUUCCGCUCCGAGGAGACGAGGAUACUCAAAUCCAGGCUUUCGACAAAAAUGGCUUCCUUAUCGCUCGAGGUGAUCCCGAAGAACGCCUUGACGUGCUUCAGGAGGAACUUGAGAAAUGCGCGCCUCACCAAGACCGACUGCUCGAAUUGCCGGAAGAAGGUGAUUUCAUCAUCGCGCAGUGGGACGAAGAUAAAUCUUGGUACAGAGCCUGUGUCAUGGAGAAGAAAGAUCACAUCUUCACAGUCUUCUUCGUCGACUAUGGAAACGAGACAGAGAUCAAGAAUGAAAACUACGAGCAGUCCUGUCGAAAGAUCACGGAAGAGCAAUGCAAAGAGCCGAUGAUGUACUUUUUCGUUCAGUCUGGCUGGCAAUUCGAUGGCGACGAACAAGCUGUUAACAACUUUCUCGAUGAGAUCUACAGCAAGGAAGGAAUGCCAAAAACGAUCCAGAAUGUCAACGCGACUGGCCCAGUGACAGCUGACGCGCUCAUUCUCGUCGAUGGGGUGGACAUUAUCGAGAAGUUCCCUGGAUCGUUCAUGAAAAAAGAUCGGCAAUCCAUCCAAUCGAAUGCCGUAGAAAAGGAUGCUCAGCCGCUGAUCGACGCCGAAAAGAUGGACGAUCUUGAUGAGAAUGAUGAUACAACUUCCGAACAAAUCGACAACACAGUUGUCGCACCCUCGACUUCUGACUCCGAGUCUAGCUCUGAGGAAUCAGAUAACAAGCUGAGAGUCGCGUUUGAAAAGGCUGCCGAUUUGAUGCAUGUCACAGCGCCGCAACACACCAAAGAAGAAUGGUUGGCCUGGAUCAAGCGAGGAGUUAAAGAGAUCGAGUAA